CGCGCAGUGUGGAACACAAACAACUGUGACGCGGAAAAGAAUCUAAACUCCAUUUUCUCGCCCCACUUCCACGCUCCUCCUGUCGAACCGCUCGAGACUUGACUGCGCUCGCGCCGGACUUUUAGCCGCGGCGCUGGACUUUAGCCCCGCGGCUAACAGCUAGCCAGCUAGCAGCAGCGUGAGACGCGUGAGUCGUGGGACGGAGGUGAGACAGGUGAGCCGUGGGACGGAGGUGUGACAGGCGGAGCCAUGGCGGCCGUGGACGCGAGCGUCUCCCCCACGAGACGCGACCUGACAAGCUUCACGUGGGAGCGGCGUGUUUCGCGGCGCGUGUACCCGAGAUAAGCUCGCCACGUCGGACAUUUCCACGGCCCAUGCGUGACACGUCUGAAGUUUCACGCGCCGGGGAGCGUGUCUGGACGUGAAAGCCGCCGGUGACGUCACAGCCCCACCCCACGCCCCGCUGCUUCCCACCCGAGGGUGCCCCCACAUGUCGCUGGUGGGGUCCACGCAGAUGCUGGCCAAGCUGGCCAAGCACGCCGCGGGUAAAGCGCGGGUCCAGCUGAGCCGCUGGCUGCGGAGGGGCGGCGACGAGGGCGCCUUCGAGGAGCGGGGGGCGGCAGGGCGGUGCGACGGCGACCCGGAGGUGGCGGGGGAAGCCGGCGGCGCCGACCCCAGGCACCCCUGCUGCAUCGUCAAGGGCACCCUGCUGGCGUGCAUCCUCGCCGCCGUGUGCUUCUCCUCGGUGGCGCUGGUCCGCCAGCACCUCAAGGACCUCCUGCUGUGGGUGGAGGGCCUGGACGGCCUGGUGGGCGCCCUGCUGUUCGUGGUGGGCUUCAUCCUGGUCUCCUUCCCCUGCGGCUGGGGCUACAUCCUGCUCAACGUGGCCGCCGGCUACCUCUACGGCUUGGUGCUGGGCAUGGGCCUGGUCAUGGUGGGGGUCCUCAUCGGGACCUUCGUGGCCCACCUGGCCUGCAAGCGGCUGCUGACCGACUGGGUGGUCAACAAGGUGGGGAACAGCGAGCAGCUCAGCGCCAUCAUCCGAGUGGUGGAAGGAGGGAGCGGACUCAAAGUCGUGGCCUUAGCGAGACUCACCCCCAUUCCCUUUGGACUCCAAAAUGCAGUUUUCUCUAUCCCAGACGUGUCCUUGGCCAACUACCUGGUGGCGUCCUCAGUGGGUCUGCUGCCCACCCAGCUGCUCAACUCCUACCUGGGCACCACCCUGCGCACCAUGGAGGACGUCAUCGCCCAGCAGAGUGUCAGUGGUUAUGUCCUCUUCUCUCUGCAGAUCGUCAUCAGUAUCGGCCUGAUGUUCUACGUGGUGCACCGUGCUCAGGUGGAGCUCAACGCCGCCAUCGCCGCCUGCCAGAUGGAACUGCACACGUCACACAUGAACACCAACCACGCCAGCUUCACCUACUGCAGCAAGAGGGCGGCGGCCGGCUGCGUCAACGUGGUGUAAAGACACCUUACCUGCCGUCUACUGGCCACACCCCCUCAGUUGUGGUGACGCCCAUUAGCGCACCUGUUGACUCUUCCACAAGAUGUCAAUCAAGACUUUGAAUGUGAGGAACUUCUUGUUGCUCAAACCCUGCAAGCUAUGCACCUUCUGUCGUUCCACCCGUCACACCACCUGUCACACCAACAGUCACGUCACCUGUCGUACCAACAGUCACAUCACCUGUCGUACCAACAGUCACACCACCCAACGCGCCACCCGUGGCACCCUCUUUCGUACCACCCGUCUCACCCUCAGUCGUACCACCAGUCACACCACCUGUCACAUCACCCAUCUCACCCUCUGUAGUACCACCCGUCACACCACCACCACCUGUCGCACCCUGUGUCGUACCACCCAUUGCGCCACCCGUCACACCACCCAUGGCACCCUCCGUCGUACCACCUGUCACACCACCCGUCUCACCCUCUGUAGUACCACCCGUCACACCACCACCACCUGUCGCACCCUGUGUCGUACCAGCCAUCGUGGCACCCUCUGUCAUGCCACCCGUCACACCACCUGUCGUACCACCCGUCACACCACCCGUGGCACCCUCUGUUGUACCACCUGUCACACCACCCGUCUCACCCUCUGUCGUACCACCCGUGGCACCCUUUGUCGUACCACCCGUGGCACCCACUGUCGUACCACCCAUCACACCACCCAUCUCACCCUCAGUCGUACCACCCGUGGCACCCUCAGUCCUACCACCCGUGGCACCCUCAGUCGUACCACCCGUGGCACCCUCAGUCGUACCACCCGUGGCACCCUCUGUCGUACCACCCGUCACACCACCCAUUUCACCCUCUGUUAUACCACCGGUGGCACCCUCAGUUGUACCACCUGUGGCACCCUCUGUCGUACCACCCGUCACACCACCCAUUUCACCCUCUGUCGUACCACCCGUCACACCACCCAUUUCACCCUCAGUCGUA